CUUGUUUUCACUUCAUUCUCUGAUACUGCUAGUCAAUGCUUCAUUUACAACGAGACAGAAAUAGUUGCGUUAUGUUUAAUUAUGGUACCGUCAUUAAUGUUGAAUUCAGAGCAGUUCACUAGGCAUUAACAUUGUAGAGGAAACCAAUAAUUUAGAAGAAUGGCGUUGCGAUAAAAUACAUGCUACAGUAUUUACAGUUCAAUGUCCUGAAGAAUUGAUCGUUUAUCCACUACUUCAUACGUUUCAAUAACUAGUUGUAACAAAGAUUGAAGUUUACCGAAGGGGUUGUCCUUGUUUUCACUUCAUUCUCUGAUACUGCUAGUCAAUGCUUCAUUUACAACGAGACAGAAAUAGUUGCGUUAUGUUUAAUUAUGGUACCGUCAUUAAUGUUGAAUUCAGAGCAGUUCACUAGGCAUUAAAAUUGUAGAGGAAACCAAUAAUUUAGAAGAAUGGCGUUGCGAUAAAAUACAUGCUAAAGUAUUUACAGUUCAAUGUCCUGAAGAAUUGAUCGUUUAUCCACUACUUCAUACGUUUCAAUAACUAGUUGUAACAAAGAUUGAAGUUUACCGAAGGGGUUGUCCUUGUUUUCACUUCAUUCUCUGAUACUGCUAGUCAAUCUAGUCAAUGCUUCAUUUACAAGUCUUAGGAACAAAAACAUGGAAGAAUUUGAACGCUUAUACCAGUCACUAAGAAAUUACAGGAAUAACUUACCAAAAACUCAAUGCAAGGAACGUAGUCGAUGUAUUAUGGUAGAACUGUUAUUGGAUGAAUAUAAAGAAUAUUUUACAAAAAGAUAUGAAACUCAUUGUAGAAGUAUGAACAGACGAAUUAUACGUUAUGUAAAUAGGGGUAAUACCUUCAGAGAGCCAACAUCAACUCCAUUCCCAGUACUUUUUGUUGAAGAUCACGUAGCACAACAUUUUUUCAUUUACAAUAUACACAAACGAAUGAAUAAGUGUGAUUUGAUAAAAAUGUUAUCGGAUCAUUCAAUUAACGAUGUUUCAAUAUCUAUGUUUCGCUACUCGUUCGCAAAAGGAUGUAUGGCACGUAUCUAUUGCCACAAUAUGGAGACGGCUUGCCGUUUACAGGUAAAAGCCUUGAUGAACAAGUUAGAGUGGAGUUUUUAUAGCCAAAAAAAGUCAGUUGAAGUGGUUGGUUACGCUCGUGUUCGAUUAGAAUCUCAACAGCCUCAUGAAAAUAUAAAUAUACAAGAUUUAUGCAAUAACGAUGAAAUUAUAACAGAAGAAACAAAUAAUUCCAUAUUAUAUGAAGGAUUAAUGAAAAAUUUCGAUAUACUGUUCAUUUUAUCAAAGAUCUUGUCAUCUGUGGAUUUCAUACACUUUUACGAAGCUUUAAAUCAGCCAGAAAAAUUAAUAUUUAAGCGUAUAAAUGUGUCGUUGCACUUUGAUUCUACAUGGUUUGUGUACAAGUUCCAAGAUGGUUUGAAAAAAAUGCUUCAACAUUCUAAAACGUUUAGAUUUUCUAGUAUAUCAAUUAGCCUAUUAUCAAAUGUUGGUCCUCACAUCGUAACAGCACUUUUGAAAAAUCAGAUUACGCUCGCUAAAUCUAGAGGUAAACACGGAAAACUUCAUUUGGAUAUCAUUGAUCUGUCCGGAGUUGAUGCAACUAAAGAAAUAUUUACAAUUUUAAGUGAAUAUUUUGAGAUAAAUACUCUGCGCAUUUUAAAAGUUCGUGACAAUUUGGAAAAUGACUACAAUAUGUGUAAUUUGAAACAUUUGUAUUUGAAUAGUCAAAAAACAAGACUCCGGUUCUUGGAAAAACCAUGUACUAAAAGUCUCCAAACCUUGUCAAUAGUUAACUGCAAUUCAGUUCUUAUUAAAUAUUUGGUAAAUUUUCUGUCUUACGAAAAAAAAAAUGAGAAUCUCUUGAAAGCUCUUUAUGUGCAAGAUUCGCAUUGUAUGGAUGAUGAGCACAGCAUAAAUGAUUUGGUGCCACUAAUAUUUUCGGCCGAAAAUAAUGUAGAAAUAUUUAACUUGAAAUAUAGCGUAGAAACUAAUGAAAAUAUUCCACUUAUGAGAAUACAAGUUACAAACCGCUUAACUGAGCUUGAUGUCUCUAACAACAUAUGUCUUAAAGAAUUCGUGCAAGUAAUGAUUGAUAAUGCGCCAUCAUUGAGAAAACUUAAUAUCAUUGGACUAGAUUCAGACCGUCGUCUAAACUUUUCAGCGCUAACAAAAUUAAUAUCCUUGGAUAUUAGUUACGAUUCCGAAUUAGAGAAUUCCCUAUUGACUUUGAAUAGUCAAUUACUGGAAAAAAUAUUGAUUGUAAAUAAACGUGGAAAGAAGAAAACGAAGGUAAUGAGGCUACCAUAUUUAAAAAGCAUUAUUGUUCAUGGUACAAGGUUCCGGUUGAUAGCAGUUAAAUGUCGAAUCUCAGAUUACUUUAUGAAAGAAGUUCGUACAUUAUUGCUAGGGCGACGCUCGAAGGUAGAUAUUACAGAUGAUACAUACACCCUUACAAUCGAAGAAAUUGAGGACACAUCAAAUCAUUAAUAAAAAUGGAUAAUCGGAUCUAAAACGUUAGUAGUGGUAUGAGUAUGAAGUUUGUGAAGGGGUCGUCCUUGUUUUUACUUCAUUCUCUGCUCUACUACUAAUUAAUCAACUGAAUUGAUCCGAACCAGUCCACACCGACUCUCUUGAUUUGCCAAGUGGUCAGAAGAUUCGCAUUGUAUGGAUGAUGAGCACAGCAUAAAUGAUUUGGUGCCACUAAUAUUUUCGGCCAAAAACAAUGUAGAAAUAUUUAACUUGAAAUAUAGCGUAGAAACUAUUGAAAAUAUUCCACUUAUGAGAAUACAAGUUACAAACCACUUAACUGAGCUUGAUGUCUCUAACAACAUAUGUCUUAAAGAAUUCGUGCAAGUAAUGAUUGAUAAUGCGCCAUCAUUGAGAAAACUUAAUAUCAUUGGACUAGAUUCAGACCGUCGUCUAAACUUUUCAGCGCUAACAAAAUUAAUAUCCUUGGAUAUUAGUUACGAUUCCGAAUUAGAGAAUUCCCUAUUGACUUUGAAUAGUCAAUUACUGGAAAAAAUAUUGAUUGUAAAUAAACGUGGAAAGAAGAAAACGAAGGUAAUGAGGCUACCAUAUUUAAAAAGCAUUAUUGUUCAUGGUACAAGGUUCCGGUUGAUAGCAGUUAAAUGUCGAAUCUCAGAUUACUUUAUGAAAGAAGUUCGUACAUUAUUGCUAGGGCGACGCUCGAAGGUAGAUAUUACAGAUGAUACAUACACCCUUACAAUCGAAGAAAUUGAGGACACAUCAAAUCAUUAAUAAAAAUGGAUAAUCGGAUCUAAAACGUUAGUAGUGGUAUGAGUAUGAAGUUUGUGAAGGGGUCGUCCUUGUUUUUACUUCAUUCUCUGCUCUACUACUAAUUAAUCAACUGAAUUGAUCCGAACCAGUCCACACCGACUCUCUUGGUUUGCCAAGUGAGUGCAAAGAUGACUCGUAAAUACGUAAUAAUCGUUGACGAAAAAAGUAACAAAAUUAUCAUACCUAGUCGCUGGCUUUCUUAUGAUAGAAAAUCCUACAGUUUUCCUCCAAAUAACGUAUCAACAGCCGAUAUUAAACAAGCUAUAGUAGAUGAUACUGAUCCCGAUGAAAAUUACGUUGAGAAACCUCUCCAAAAAGUAGUGAAAUUCUGUUUGGACUACCCAACUGCGGUGGAAGAGAAAAAUUUACAUGGAAUUGAAAAUGUAACGGACCCAAGUGAUGCUGAAAAUUUGAAAAGAACUAGAAAACGACGGAACAAGAAACGUUUGUCAAAUGAUUAUGUAAUCCCGAAGAAACGCAAUCCUCUUGAAGAAGUAAAUUACAAUAGUGAAUCAAAUGAUACUGAUGGAAACGAUGAUUCUUUGCAACAAGAUCCUUUAGCUAUAGAGAAGUCUCCUUCGUAUGCUACGUUGAACUUGGAAGGAAUAUCAGCGCAGGUCAAUGUAUUACAACCGAACAAAUCGUCAGUAUCUAAUGUUGCAACCAAACAAAUAUCUUGUAAUCAGUUUCAAGAUUCAGAUGUAGAUGAAAUUGAGGAGAUGGGGAGGGAAACCGCACCAAGCUUACAAAAAAUUUAUGAUAUGCAGAAACUCAUUCUUAGAAAAGUCAAUUAUCUUACCAAGAAGCAAGAAAGUAAUGAAAAAUUAUUAAAAAAUCAAAGAAGACAGUUUCAGGUUUCAUCGAAACCUAAUGUCCUUUCGCAAGAUCAUUUAAAAAUGUUGAAUGAACAUUUUCCAAUUGAUGCAGAUGUGAAUAAUGAAAAGAAAAAAAUUGAUAAAGUAGAAGCCCAAUUACUACAUAAAAAAUUUGCAAAGGCUGUGAUGCCGUGCAGCAGUGCAGCAACAGGAAGAGAGAAAACUUUAUCGUUGAACGGAAUUUUGGAUAAAUGCUGCAAUCAAGGAAAUCAAAUAUUGCUCGACGUAGAACAUCUUCAAGGAGCUGGAGGUGUCAAUGUACAUGACUUGAUAUACAACAUGGUACCAAAGCUGAUCAACGAUGAGGUUUUACAAAACUAUAGUUUCUACGGGAGAAAAUCCAGGGGUGAAGAAAAGAAUAAAUGUUUCUCGGAACUUUACAUCUGCAAAUGCAUUUACACGGCCUCAAAGUUAUCAUUCCCUAAGGCUACGGACGACGAUAUAAAGAAAUCGCUAUGUAGUUUCUUGGAUCAAGCCUCCACUAGAUUCAAACGUAGUCAAAAAUCUAACCGGAAGUCUGACUCAUUUAUAUUGCCACUACAAUUGGAUGGAACAGAUGAUAAAUCUGAUCAUGCGUAGAGAAGAAAAAUGACAUACUUUUUCACUAAAUUAUUUUUGACUUAUUAUAUAAAUUACAAACUGUAAAAAUCUAUAACUAUUACUUAUAAUAAAAGCAAAGGUCA